CCAGGACCUGAUCCAAAGCAAGCCAUAAUGGGUUCUUUGGUGUUUUGCAUUCAUCACAAACAGGGCUGCAAAUGGUCAGAUGAAUUAAGAAAAUUAAAGGCUCACUUAAACAUUUGCAAACAUGAUGCCACACAAUGUCCAAAUAAAUGUGGUGCCCAAAUACCACGGAUAAUGAUGACCGAUCACAUGCAAUACACAUGUAACAUGCGCCGCACCAAAUGCGAGUUCUGUCAAAGUGAAUUCUCUGGUGCUGGUCUUGACGAACAUGCCGGUACCUGCGGUCAGGAACCAAUAUAUUGCGAAUCAAAAUGUGGCCAACGUGUGCUACGUGGACGCAUGACAUUACAUAAAUCCAAGGAUUGUGCCAAACGUUUACGUCGUUGCAUACACUGUGCACGUGAAUUUUCUGCUGAUACACUUACCAUACAUGUGGCACAAUGUCCACGUGCACCAAUUGUUUGCCCACAACGUUGUGAUGUGGGUUCCAUUGCGCGUGGUGAUAUGGAAUCGCAUUUGCGUGACGAAUGCAAGGCUUUAGCAAUUUCAUGCACAUUUAAAGAAGCCGGUUGUCGUUUCAAAGGACCACGUCAUAUGUUGGAAACACAUUUGGAGGCAAAUGCUUCAGCACAUCUAUCACUUAUGGUCGCACUAUCAUCACGUCAAGGUCAACAAAUACAAAUGCUAAAAUCAGCUGUUUCGAAAUUAUCCAUUAAUUACACUGGUACUUUGCUAUGGAAAAUAACUGAUUGGUCGGCAAAAAUGGCUGAAGCACGCAGCAAGGAUGGGCUCGAAUUGGUAUCGCCACCAUUCUACACUUCACAAUACGGUUACAAGUUACAAGCUUCUAUGUUUUUGAAUGGCAAUGGACCUGGUGAGAAUACACAUGUCUCCGUAUACAUCAAAGUAUUGCCCGGUGAAUAUGAUGCAUUGCUUAAAUGGCCAUUCUCACAUUCCAUCACUUUUACGCUAUUCGAACAAGGUGCACAAAGCGGUCAAGGUGGUGUUGCUGAAUCUUUUGUGCCUGAUCCAACUUGGGAGAAUUUUCAACGACCAUCAAAUGAACCAGAUCAAUUGGGCUUCGGCUUUCCACGUUUUAUUUCGCACGAAUUGUUACAUCGACGUCCAUUCAUUAAGGACGACACAGUCUUUUUACGCGUGAAAGUAGAUCCGAGCAAAAUAGUUGCUGUUUAAAUUUUAUCCAUUAAAAUUCAAAUAUACAUAAUUAUUUUUAUUAGUUAGAUCUUAAAAAGCACAAAGUAUAAUAAGUUUAGAGUAUGCUAUAUCAAUAAUUAAGAAUAAGCAUAAUUAGUAUAUAUAUAUUACUCUGUUUAUGUAAAUACUGUGUAUUUAAAUUUAUGAGUAGAGAAAAGUGCGACACGUUUUUAUUAUGUAUAUAAAAAUCUAAAAGGACAUAUCCUUUUUGUCGACGGUUUAACAUAUAUUUUUAUAUAAUUUAUAAUAUAUAUUUUACGCUUAAUUAUGGUAGAAAUAUAGCUUCGCAAGAGUAGACCUAAGUUGCUACUUUUUAGCGUAAGUACGAGUACAUUUAACUUAAUAGCACAAAACCAAGGAAUUUUAAUAAGCAUUUAAUCACUUCAAUUACGAGCAUCAACAAGCGAAUAUCUAGGAAUAUUUUAAAUUAUUCAUUAUCAUUAUUCAUUAUCACUGACUUCUAGUGUGAGAUCCAUCCCGUUAACGUAAUGCUAAUAUAUAUUGAAUAUAACAUCAGCAUUCGAGCUCAGAAGCCAGAGAAAUGCUGAAAUCAAACCAAAGCUGCAAAAAAAAAGAAAAAUUUAAAAUAAAAAUCGAAGGACUUGCAGGACGAUUUGCUGUCCGUGUUGAGCAAGUUUGUUACUUAAGUCUUUUGUAUUUUUCCUUAUUUAUUAUUAUUAUUCAUAUUAAAUAAAUAUAAAUUAUUAUGUUUCGAAUAAAACUCUUUCAAAAGAUCUUCAAUUUGUCUAAAAUCUAAGUUUAAGUCAACUUUAUCAGUUUUAAUAUUUAAGCAUUAAUAUAUAAGUAUUUACGUCAGUUUUCUGUAUAUAUUAACUUUUUUUUCAACCUUUAUUUGUCUUAUUUACAUUAUGUACAACUUCAUACUUAUUAAUUUAAAACAAUAUCAUAAAGUCAUUAGUAAUUUAAGUACCUUUAAAUUAAUUUAUAUUGCUUUGUCUAUAUAAAAACAAGUAAUUAAAUGAAUUCUAACUAAAAUGUUAACAUGGCGACAAAC